AAGUAGUAUUAUUUUUUCUUAUUUUCUGAAGUAUUUUGAAAUAAAUCUUAUGAAUAGGAACCUCCUUUUUAUCUCCAACUUGAGUGCUUAUCUCUUUCUCCUCACUUCUGUUGAUGUGUAAAUCUUGACACGUUCAAAUCUCAAUUUCCAACCAUCAUUUAAUCAGAAUACUUGAAUUCCUCUACCAGUGAUGGCUUUUCGUGGGAAAGUAGUGCUUGUAACUGGUGCCAGCUCUGGAAUUGGUGCUGCCACUGCGAAGUUGUUUGCUAAGCUUGGAGCAUCUCUUGCUCUCACCGGUCGAAAUCUCUCAAACCUUGAAAAGGUGGCCGCAGAAUGUAAAAAAGUCGGUGAAGAGGUCCCAUUUUUGUUCAAGGCAGACUUGAACAAUGAAACAGAAACCAAAAACUUACUUGAAUCUGUUUUGACUCACUUCAAACACUUGGAUGUUCUUGUCAACAAUGCUGGAAUUUUAGAAGGUGGCACUAUAGAAAAUACCUCUUUAGAGCAGUACGAUAGAAUUUUCAAUACCAAUGUGCGAUCUGUUUAUCACCUAACCAUGUUAGCUGUACCACACCUGAUCACCUCAAAAGGGUCCAUAGUGAAUGUUUCAAGUGUAAAUGGUCUACGAUCCUACGCAGGUGUUCUAGCUUACAACAUGUCUAAAUCAGCCCUUGAUCAAUUUACGCGCUGUGUGGCCCUAGAACUGGCUCCCAAAGGUGUGCGGGUAAAUUCAGUAAAUCCUGGUGUUAUCAUAACUGAGAUUCAUAAGAGAGGUGGCAUGGAUGAUGCUGCAUAUGCAAAGUUCCUUGAAAGAUCAAAGGAGACUCAUCCGUUAGGACGUCCUGGCUCAUCAGAGGAGGUUGCCAAAGCUAUUAUUUUCCUGGCAAGUGAAGAUGCUAGUUUUUCAACUGGAGUUAAUUUGCCUGUCGAUGGCGGUCGACAUGCUUUUGGCUUUCGAUAAAAGCUGAGCUUACCAGCAAGGAUUGAGGGAGCAUUUAUACUUUUGUGUACUUAAGACUGUUUGAACGUUGACAUUCAACUUAAAAUAAACUGCUCUAUUUUUUAUUAUCAUCAGCUAUCCUCGUGCUAGCAGUAAAAAUCGUUUUAAAGAAGAAUAGGAAUUUUUGUUUCAUGGUGAGAAGCCAGCAUUUAGUUCCUGUUAACCACGUAAAAAAAAGAAAAGGAUAGAUAGUAAAUGGAUAUCAGCACAAGACCUGGUACAUUCUUUGUACUUAAUGCCAAAAUGCAUUAUCCUUGUGCGCAACAGAAUCUUUUAUAAAAAAGUCAUUGCAUAGAAUUUAUGCUGUGCCAUAGGAGAAUCUGCCGGAAGUGCUGGGUUAAAAAACUUGCAACAUACAACAACAACCAUAAUACUCGACAAUACUCUUCUCGCUCAUAAUUAUGUUUUGUGAAGCAGCGAAUUUUUUGAAUUCUUGAGUAAAACUGUUUCUAGGUACAUGCAGACGCAGAGUAAGGAUAUCAACUCAACUGGAGUAAGUCUGUUGUAAAACAUACUUCAUUUUACACUUUUAGUUGCAAGUCUUCUCAGAUAAUUUGCUCAAAGUGAAAGAAACCAAAAAAGUAAAAAAUGAUUGAGGGAAUCAUAGUUCUUUCCUUAAGAGGAGCCACACAGAAUGAACUGAUGAGACAUAUUUAUAUAUUCCAAAUGCUUAUUAUUUUUACAAGUUAUUUUUGUUAGACUUCGUGCCAUUGUUUUAAUGUGUUAUUUUUUUUUUUUUUUCCGGUACAGCCUAAUUUAAAUAAAAAACUUAUUUUU